GACACUGUUCAUUAAGUAGUGGACUCUUCACCCUUAGUGACAAAGGUUCAUUAUAAAUACCUUUUGCUUAGCUUGAGGUCUUGAGCACUCUGAUCAUAUACCUGUUGUUUUUCUCUCUUCCUGCUCACUGUGUAAUUUUUAAGUAUUGUUUGUACAUCAUGGUAAAGCUUGUGAUUCCAAAUCCAGGACUGGAAAGAAGGAUUCAAACUUACCAAGAACUUGAAAUAUUAGAAAAAGAAGAGGCAAAUGAGAGACCAAAAUGGGAUAACAAAGCUCAGUAUAUGCUUACUUGUAUAGGCUUUUGUGUAGGACUAGGAAAUGUAUGGCGAUUUCCUUACCUCUGCCAAAGCCAUGGAGGAGGAGCGUUUAUGAUUCCCUUUCUUAUUCUAUUGGUUUUGGAAGGCAUCCCGUUGCUACACCUCGAAUUUGCCAUCGGACAACGCCUAAGAAAAGGCAGUGUGGGGGUGUGGAGUGCAAUCCAUCCUGCCUUAAAGGGAAUUGGUAUUUCUUCCAUGAUGGUAUCAUUUCUUGUUGGUUUGUAUUACAACACUAUCAUAGCCUGGGUGAUGUGGUAUUUUUUUAACUCCUUUCAAGAACCAUUGCCAUGGAGCAAUUGUCCAAUUACGGAGAACAGAACAGAAUACGUUACUGAAUGUGCAAAGAGCUCUCCUGUGGAUUAUUUUUGGUACAGGGAAACACUAAACAUUUCCACAUCAAUAGAUGAUUCAGGCAAUCUCCAAUGGUGGCUUGUACUCUGCUUAGCUUGUGCAUGGGGUGUUUUGUAUGUGUGUACCAUCAGAGGCAUUGAAACAACUGGCAAGGCAGUAUAUGUGACAUCAACUCUUCCAUAUGUGGUACUCACAAUUUUUCUGAUUAGAGGCCUGACUUUAAAAGGUUCUGUAAACGGUAUUAAAUAUUUGUUUACCCCAGAUGUUUCAGAGCUGGCAAACCCAGUUACUUGGCUAGAUGCUGGUACCCAAGUUUUCUACUCCUUCUCUCUUGCUUUUGGAGGACUCAUAUCUUUUUCCAGUUACAAUUCUGUCCAUAAUAAUUGUGAAAAGGAUGCAGUUAUCAUAUCAGUUGUAAAUGGAUUUACAUCAAUAUAUGCUGCCACUGUGAUAUACUCAAUCAUUGGAUUUCGUGCCACAGCCCAAUAUGAUGACUGUUUAGACAGUAACAUCCUUUUAUUGACAAAUACUUUUGACUUGCCAGAGGGAAAUAUAUCACAAGAUAACUAUAAUGACAUGCUAGCUAUGUUAAACCAAACACAAACAGACGUAAUUGAAAAGCUUCAACUUCAAACCUGUGAUCUAGAUACCAUUCUAUCGGAAGGUGUGGAGGGAACAGGCUUGGCUUUUAUUGUCUUCACCGAAGCCAUUACAAAAAUGCCUAUUUCUCCUCUUUGGUCUGUUCUAUUCUUCAUUAUGCUUUUUUGCCUAGGACUUUCCUCUAUGUUUGGUAACAUGGAGGGGGUUUUGGUACCAUUGAUGGAUUUAAAAAUAGUACCCAAGUCUUGGCCGAAAGAAAUUGUAACAGGCUUGAUAUGUGCAGUUUCAUUCCUCAUUGCACUUAUUUUUGUCUUGGAAUCUGGAAACUAUUGGCUUGCACUAUUUGACAGCUUUGCUGGAUCCAUUCCUUUGCUAAUAAUAGCGUUCUGUGAAAUGUUUGCAGUGGUGUACAUAUAUGGAAUAGACAGAUUCAAUGAAGACAUCCAGUUUAUGAUCGGACAUAAACCGAAUAUUUUCUGGCAGGUUACAUGGAGAGUUAUAAGCCCUCUCAUUAUGUUAGUCAUAUUCUUCUUCUACUUUGCGGUAAAGAUUUCUCAAGAACUCUCAUACAUCGUUUGGGAUCCAAAUUAUAAAGAAUUUCCAAAAGCAGAAGAAAAGUCUUAUUCAGGAUGGGUAUAUGCUAUAAUUGUAAUUCUAGCUGGAGUGCCAAGUGUAGUCAUAAUAAUUUAUGCAAUUUAUAAAGUCAUUAGGAACAGAUGGAGAAAAGAUGAUGACCAGAGAGAAAUAAUCAAUGCUACAUCAGUUGCAUCAAUCAACGGAGAAGCUAAAAACCAUGUGUAACAAUUAUUAAUUAAAUCAAAUGGAAAAUAUGUUGAGUUUUGAAACUGUUAAAAUUGUAUAGUUAGAAGGAAUGUUUUAAAAACAAAACGCUCUGGCAAGAUUCUAUUUGAUUUUCUACAAGAGUAGUUAAAUCUUGUAAAUCAAAUAGAAGGAAUGUUUUAAAUACAAAUGACAAUGUGAAAUAUUGCCAGCUUGACAAAAUAGAUGGUUCUUAUGUUUUCCAUCUCUAACAAAACAAUUUGACUCAUCUCACUGCAAAUAUAAUAGGUGGAAAAACUAUUUGUAAUACAUUGUAAUAACCAUAUCUGUUAAACUUAAAAUAAUGUGAAAUGUGCCCCUAAACAAAGAUAUUCUGAACUAAAACUCAAUCUUCAAAUGAUGAUAAUGUCACUGCUAUCCUUUCCUUAUUAAUAUGAUAUAAGACUUUCCCAGCGCAAUGUUAAAAUGUUUUGGGGUUAAGAUAAAGAAAUACAGUUUUUGUGUGUAUUACUAAAAGUUUUAAUUAAAUAUACAUAUAUUAGAAUCA